AUGAAGCAGCUGCUGCUGCUCCUCGGGCUGCCUGCGCAGCCUGUGCACGCGGCGCAGAUAUCGGCAGAAGUCACCCACACAGGACAUGUGGAUGCCCGCUGGAUGCGGUCACAGGCUUCGAUGCGAGAGGAGGACCAGUGGCGGCCAAGUGCGCAGGCGGCGUUCCCAAGACCCUCCGGAUAUGCCUCAUAUGGCCCGAGCUGGAGCUCGGGCUGGGGAAGCGCAGCGGCAAGCGGGCAGAGACACCACUCCUGGGGCUUCCCAACGCAGGCAGCGUGGGACCAGGCAGCUCCUUCUGCAGCUGCUGCGGCAGCUGCAGUUCCUUCGGGCCUUUCGGGCCCGAGCCCGGCGGUCCGGGCGUCCCCGGCGUCCCCGGCGUCCUCGGUGUCCUUGGCUCCGAGUGCCCGAGGGCCCGGAGGGCCCGGGCCGAGCAAUAUCCAGGAGGCCGAGGCGGAAACGAAGAAGUUCUUCGAGAUCGAAGCGAUGGUGGCCCGCGAGACCGGCCUCCCGGUGAACAGCAGCGAGGCCGCUCAGGAGGAGGCCGAGAAGAAGGCCGAGGCCAAAGACGCGGAGGAGGAUGAGGAGGCAGAGCGAUUUGAUGCCUUGUAUGCGGGCAUGGUCUUGGUAGUCCUGCUGGCAGCCGGCGGGACUUUCUACUACUACCGACGUUCACAGCAACUCCAAAAAGACUUGGAGAAGCUGAAGCUCGGAGAGGCACCGGCCAUCCCAGCAUCCGCACCGGAAGCGACGGCGGCUCCUGGGAGCUGA